AUGACAAAGUUUAACCGUAACGUGUGCCGAAAGCCGGCGGUCAAAACUGAGCUCACGGGAGGGUUCAAGCAGGGCUACGAGGUGGAUCACCGAUCGUUCGGUGGGCUAAUGCCUGCCGGUACCGGUGCUGCGAUGGCGGCAAUGCACGUCAAACCACACGUCGGUACGCCGGGUAACUGUGGCAACGGUGCGGUGCAUGGUGGGAUACAGUCGGUGCAAAAAAAUCAUCACCCCGUGCGCGGUGUCGAGGGUAAUGGCUCCAUUUCGGGCUGCAAUUCUAGUGGUGGUGGUGGUGGUGGUUUGGGAGGGCAUACUGGUGGUGGUGGUGGUGUAGGGGGUAGUGGUUAUGGCAGUAAUUUCAUGCCUGGGCUUAGCGCGGAGCAGAAGCUGAAACUCAACAUCCAGCAACUUCACAUCCGACAGAAACAGCUGCAGCUGACCGAUUACGAUGACAACAGUCUCAGCUCGGAAGAGCAUGUCCUGGCACCGGCAUCCGGUUGUAUGGCCAGCCCGAACCGACCCUGUUUGACGUGGGCUUGUAAGGCGUGCAAAAAGAAAAGCGUUGCGGUCGACCGCCGGAAAGCAGCAACCCUGCGCGAGCGACGUCGGUUGCGGAAGGUGAACGAAGCAUUCGAGGUGUUGAAGCGGCGCACCAGUACGAACCCAAACCAAAGGCUCCCGAAGGUAGAGAUCCUGCGGAAUGCCAUCGAGUACAUCGACAGCCUGCAGGCGCUGCUGGACGAAACACCCCCGAUGCAUCCGAACUCGGACAUCAUAACCAACGGGAGCGGUUCGGUUCUUUCAACACCCCAAGAUUACAUGAACUGCUGCUCCAACAGCUACCUGCGUGAACGCCUCGGCCAACUGGGAAAGGACAACGACCGGUACUCGCCCCUGGCAGGAUACGGCCAAGCGCCCACUUCCGGCACGGUGAGCGGUUCCAGCUUGGACUGUCUGAAUCUGAUUGUGCAGAGCAUUAGCAACGCGCAGCAACCACCGCAGUUGAUGGCUCAAGCGUCCACCCAGGGUUUAACCGCCGGAAGCCCACCAACGGCUGGUGGAAGUGUCCUGAACGGUGGCAGUGUCCCGACCAACAACACCACCGGAUCACACUUGCAGCUUCACCAGCAUCAGCUGCUCUACGGGUCGCUCUGUUCGCCCUCACCAGCAUCCUCGACAUCCUCGACAUCCUCGUCAUCAUCAUCAUCGUCGUCGGUGGCGUCAUCGUCAUCAUCCUGCUCACCCAUGACGCCACCACUGACGGGUUCACAUCAUCCGCACGGUCUGGUAGGGACUCGUGCGAUCGCUCCACCACCGACGACAUCCGCCGUUUCGUUACCGUAGAUCGCAUCGCCGGUGCGCCUCUAAUUAGCUGUACAUAGUUGCCUGAUAG